AUGCGUUCUACCGUGGCAAUUGGUCUAGUACUGGCUUCGUGGUGCUCGGCCGCCGCGGCUGACGACAGCAACGUCAGGGGCACCAUCUACACGGAGGAGAACAGUGGUGGUAAAUCGUUGAAAAUCCGAUCCUCGAACUGCGUCCGGCUCAGAAAGCCUCUGCUGGGAGAAAUUCGCUCCAUCGAUGUGACGCUUUUCCAAGAGUGCACUCUCUACUACGAGCGCCGAUGCGACAGCGACGUGAAACAUGUCACAUUCUACGAUGACCAGAAGAACAUCCAAGAUCCGGCAAUCGAGGCAGUCAAGUGCGUUGAUGUGGAUGCAAGCUGCAAGCAGGCUGGCAAAGAACUCUAA